AUGAAAUAUAUAUCUGUUAGUUUAAUGUUGUCUUUAAUUUUUGCUGUAUAUGUUGUCAAUACUAUUUGGACAUUAGCUGAAAUUUUCAUACCGCCAGAAUGUAGUCGUGGCGAGAGAUGUUUUUCAUCUUAUUUAGCUUCAAAACCUGUGCAGCAUCUAGUUUUGUAUACUUCUAUAAAGGAACGUCCGCAUCUAGAAGGUUCAACAGCGGAUAGUGUUUCAAAAGUGCAUACUUCUCUGAAGUUUGACUAUUUAAAUCCGGCGACUUUCGAUAUAACGUUGAAAGUGCCACGGAAGACCCGCAAUAAUGGGACAUUGUUCAUGCAUGCUGUUUUGUUGGAUGACAGUCGCUUAUACAGAGAGUUUGACGAGAUUAUUCGUACUGAGUCUAUACAUACACUCCCCUUAGUAACACAUACGGAGCCACAAGCAGCAACUUUCAAUCUUCUACAGCAAAAUAACGAAGAACAAAAAGUGCCAGAAAAGAAAUCCGUUCGUCCAUAUGCUCAUAUAACCACAGUGGCUCCACUGUCAAUUCUAACCGAUAAUCUCAAGUUGCCUAGUAAUAAAAUACCUGGGGAGUUGUAUCCUUAUAUUAGGGUACGAAGCGGCAAAUUCUUACCGAUACUACACCACAAUGUUUUGAAGUCAAGACUAUCACACUAUCAACUUUUGAACAGUAGUUCUACGGAAGUAAAUAUUACAGUCAAUGUGGCUCCUACAUCAUACGGUUCCUUGCGGUUAUCUCUACAUGUUCGUUUAGCAUUGGAACAGCUUUUCGCUCUUGGGUUCAGUGAGAAGGACGUAGAUGAUGUCAAAGGAAUAUUUGCAGACACCAAUUUGUAUUUGUUAUCAGCAACCGUAUUGAUCGCUAGUUGCCAUCUGCUGUUCGACUUCUUGGCGUUUAAGAAUGAUGUAUCGUUUUGGCGACGCAAGCGCUCUCUCGCGGGUCUGUCUGCUCGCACUGUGUUAUGGAGGGCAUUCUCUCAACUCGUCAUUUUCUUCUAUUUACUGGAUGAGAUGACUUCGCUUCUAGUUCUAAUACCGGCUGGCAUUAGUGCGAUUAUUGAGUUAUGGAAGGUGACAAAAGUCCUACAUUUGCGGGUGUCGUUCUCUGGAUGGAGGCUACGUGUGUGGCGGGACACGAGCGCUGACGCGGGAGAGAAGAGCACGGCCAAAGCCGACGCUGAGGCCAUGAAGUAUUUGUCUAUGUUACUGUACCCACUCUGUAUCGCCGGAGCUAUAUACUCGCUGGUUUAUGAGCCACAUAAGAGCUGGUACUCGUGGGCGCUGCAUAGCAUAGUGAACGGUGUAUAUGCGUUCGGCUUCCUAUUCAUGUUACCUCAGCUGUUCGUGAACUACCGCCUGCGGUCAGUGGCCGCGUUACCAUGGCGCGCGUUCAUGUACAAGGCGUUCAAUACCUUCAUAGACGAUAUCUUCGCCUUCAUCAUCACUAUGCCCACCGCUCAUCGCGUUGCCUGCUUCCGAGAUGAUCUCGUCUUCCUAGUCUAUUUGUAUCAGAGAUGGUUGUACCCUGUAGAUAAUUCUCGCACGGACACUGCUUCCAGUAUGGAUGAGAACCCUGAAGAGUUGGAGCCAGUAAAGCAGAAAGAAGAGUAG